CCGAAUCACAACUCACGUAAAGAAAUACCUCCGCACAUCACCUGCAAUAGGAAUUACAAACUGAGAUGGCGACAAAGAGGCCAAUUCUACGGAUUGCUGCUUUAAUGUAUCAAGUGCUACAAAUCUUCAGAUCGAACUGGCACCCUUUUGACAGAACAUAAAUUGCUGCUGGGCCCAACAGAGCCAUGGUCCAUCCGAGAAAAGCUCUGCCUUGCCUCUUCUGUUAUGAAGAGUGGAGACCAAAACUGGGUGUCUGUGAGCCGAGCCAUUAAGCCAUUUGCAGAGCCCGGACGACCGCCCGACUGGUUCUCACAGAAGCAUUGUGCAUCACAAUACUCUGAGCUCCUGGAGACAACCGAAGCCCCAAAGAGAAAGCGAGGGGAGAAAGGAGAGGUGGUUGAGACUGUGGAGGACGUGAUCGUCCGUAGGCUGACUGCAGAGAGGAUUGAGGAGUUAAAGCGACUGAUUAAGGAGAUGCAAGAGAAGCACAGGAAACUGAAGAGAGAAUCCGAGCUCAUUCAGACUGGUCAUCUGGACAGCAAGCUUGAGGAGCUAUGGGAGGAAAUCGUACGGAACAGAAAAAAAGAGGAAGAGGAAGCUGAGGUGAAGAGAAAGGCCACAGAUGCCGCAUACCAGGCCAGGCAGGCAGUGAAGAACACUCCCAGACGUGUGCCCAGUGUGACUUUACACUCGCCCUCUGGGGCCUGCUCUCCCUGCCUGGAUUUUCCCAUUGGGGACUCAUCGGAAGAUCCUAGCAACACUGUCGCAUGGUCGACAGUGUCUGUGCCCCUGGCGGAGUUGCCAGGCCCUGGAGUCGUGGAGGCCAGUUUAGGUUCUCUGCUCGAUGAAUCAACACAGAAGAAGCUUUUGGGGCAGAAGAUCACGCCACCCCCUUCCCCUCUCCUCUCAGAACUGCUGAAGAAAGGCAGUCUGCUGCCCACUAGCCCCAGACUGGCUGUUGAGGGAGAAGCUACACCUAGUCAUCUUACAGGGACUCAAGAUAUUCAGAUGACUUCUGGGACGUCUUCUCUACCUUCCUCUCAGGCAGCUACAGGUGCUCCCACACUGUCGCGUCUGCUGGAAGCUGGCCCCGCCCAGUUUCCCUCUCAGUUGUGCUCACUGGCCACUGCAGACUCCGCCUCCAACACUACCAACUCUGCAAUGGACACUGCUGCCCCGCUUGCCAUAGGAGGGGAUGGAGCCCCUAAUGCACCAGUGGAUAAUAAGGAUGCAGUUUUAGGGGAUGAGGACCUGGUCACUGUGUCUUAUAUGGCAGAGGAACUGGACUUAGAGACAGUCGGCGACAUUAUAGCCAUCAUUGAGGAGAAGGGUGAUGAGAACGCAGAGGCGCUGGAUGCGGCAGCAGUUGAAGCUGCUCUGUCUCUGUGUGAGGACACAGAACACAGCCUGACAGGAACCUGGGAGCCCAACACCUUCAGGCCCAUCGCCCCUGACCCCUCCAACAUUCCACAGGACUCGAAUCCUCUGAAUCUGUUUGAGGGCAAGAUGGAGGGUCCUGAGGCUUGCGAAUCUGGCAGUGGGUGCUCGACACAGGAGUAUAUAUCUCCCUCCACUGUCCCUCAAGACCCUGUUCUGACAUCAGGGGGCUGCUCAGAACCAGAAGCCCCAAAAACACACCACACUGAAAAGGACCAGAAGGGGAAGUCAGAAUCAGUAAUCAAAAGUGAAGGUGAUGAAUGGACACAGUCUCAGUCAGAUAUACGAUUAGUAGAUGACAUCGCGCUAAAACAGCACUCAAAGGAAGUGAAAGAGGAGGAGGAGGAAGAGGCCGCGAGCGAUGCAGAAGAGGAAGGUUUCCUGGAGAUGAAAGGUGGAUUCGAGGGAGCAGAUAAUUGUGGGGGAGAAGAGGAAGCAGAGGGAGUCUACCUCUCAGAGCCAGAGGGGGAAACAGAGUUGGACCCUCCGGCUAGCGAGAGCGAGGACGGUUGUAGUAUGCUCACUGCAUCCUCUUCCCUACAGCUCCACACCACUGCGGAAUCCAUUCCUAGCAGCCCUGCCUCCUCACAGUUCUCGAUCUGCAGUGAAGAUCAAGAAGCUAUUCAGGCUCAGAAGAUCUGGAAGAAAGCCAUUAUGCUAGUGUGGCGAGCAGCAGCCAAUCAUAGGUAUGCAAAUGUCUUCCUGCAACCGGUGACAGAUGACAUUGCCCCUGGUUACCACAGUAUUGUUCACAGGCCCAUGGAUUUGUUCACCAUCAAAAAGAACAUUGAGAACGGGCUGAUCCGCACAACAGCCGAGUUCCAGCGUGACAUCAUGCUGAUGUUUCAGAACGCUGUGAUGUACAACAGCUCCGAUCAUGACGUUUUCCACAUGGCUCUGGAGAUGCAGAGGGACGUGCUGGAGCAGAUCCAGCAAUUUCUGGCCACGCAGCUGAUCAUGCAGACUUCAGAGUCAGGCAUCACUGCCAAGAGCCUGCGCGGGAGAGAGGCAAACCGCAAACAGGACCCCAAUGACAAGGAUUGCGUUCCAAUGGCAUCUCCUGCAUUUCUUCUCUCUCUCUUUGAUGGGGGCACUAGGGGGCGACGCUGUGCUAUAGAAGCAGACCUGAAGAUGAAGAAAUGAGCAGGUGGACUGUCCAAUGUGAUGUUCAAAAAACCUCACAAAUGACCGAGUGAUGAAAACAGAACAGCAUUUGCCACCAAGGUCCACAUGUUCGCAAGGACGUUUGAAAGACUGCCUCAAUUUCAGUUUAUAUGUGUGUCCAAAUGUGAUUGUUGUGAGAUGUAUUGUGUUAUCAAGAGUUGUUUUGUGUAUAAAUAGUGCCUUUUAAAGGUUUUGAUGGAUGGCUGGAGAAUAAACCCUGUGAUGAAGGGCAG